GCGAGGGCGCGCUGGGCGGAUUCGAAGAGCGCCGCGGCGGUUGGCGAAGCGGACCCGGCGCAGCCUCCUCGGUGCCGGGAACGGUCCCCGCUGACAGAUCCCCUUCUUCCGGCCGCGCCACCCCGGAGGCGGGUCUCCGGGUCCCGAGGCGGCUUCCUCCGCCCGGCUCUCCCGCCCUCCCUCGCUCUCCGCGGGUCGACCGAGCGGCCUCUGAGGAGGAGGAGGUCGUCGGGGGCGGCGGGCGGAGACCGCGCUCCCCCUUCCCCGGCGGCGGCGGCGGGGCAGGACAAUGGAGGUGGCUGUGGAGAAGGCAGCGGCGGCCGCGGCUCCGGCGGCGGCCGCCGGGGGGCCCUCGGCGGCGCCGAGCGGGGAGAACGAGGCCGAAAGUCGGCAGGGCCCGGACUCGGAGCGCGGCAGCGAGGCGGCCCGGCUCAACCUGUUGGACACUUGCGCCGUGUGCCACCAGAACAUCCAGAGCCGGGCGCCCAAGCUGCUGCCCUGCCUGCACUCCUUCUGCCAGCGCUGCCUGCCCGCGCCCCAGCGCUACCUCAUGUUGCCGGCGCCCAUGCUGGGCUCGGCCGAGACCCCGCCGCCCGUCCCCGCCCCCGGCUCGCCGGUCAGCGGCUCCUCGCCGUUCGCCACCCAAGUUGGAGUCAUUCGAUGCCCAGUUUGCAGCCAAGAGUGUGCAGAGAGACACAUCAUAGAUAAUUUUUUUGUCAAGGAUACUACUGAGGUUCCCAGCAGUACAGUAGAAAAGUCUAAUCAGGUGUGUACAAGCUGUGAGGACAAUGCAGAAGCUAAUGGGUUUUGUGUAGAGUGUGUUGAAUGGCUCUGCAAGACAUGUAUUAGAGCUCACCAAAGGGUGAAGUUCACGAAAGACCACACUGUCAGACAGAAAGAGGAAGUAUCUCCAGAGGCAGUGGGCGUGACCAGCCAACGACCAGUGUUUUGUCCUUUUCAUAAAAAGGAGCAGUUGAAGCUUUAUUGUGAAACAUGUGACAAACUGACAUGUCGGGACUGUCAGCUGCUAGAACACAAGGAGCAUAGAUAUCAAUUUAUAGAAGAAGCUUUUCAAAAUCAGAAAGUGAUCAUAGAUACACUAAUCACCAAACUGAUGGAAAAAACAAAAUACAUUAAAUAUACAGGAAAUCAGAUCCAAAACAGAAUAAUUGAAGUAAAUCAAAACCAAAAGCAGGUGGAGCAGGAUAUCAAAGUUGCUAUCUUUACAUUGAUGGUAGAAAUAAAUAAAAAAGGAAAAGCUCUGCUGCAUCAGCUGGAGAGCCUUGCAAAGGACCAUCGCAUGAAACUUAUGCAACAACAACAGGAAGUGGCUGGACUUUCUAAGCAGUUGGAACAUGUCAUGCAUUUUUCUAAAUGGGCAGUUUCCAGUGGCAGCAGUACAGCAUUACUUUAUAGCAAGCGACUGAUUACAUACCGGUUACGGCACCUCCUUCGUGCACGGUGUGAUGCUUCCCCAGUGACCAACAACACUAUCCAGUUUCACUGUGAUCCUAGUUUCUGGGCCCAAAAUAUUAUCAACUUAGGUUCUUUAGUAAUCGAGGAUAAAGAGAGUCAACCACAAAUGCCUAAGCAGAAUCCUGUCGUGGAACAGAAUUCACAGCCACCAGGUGGUUUAUCUUCAAACCAGUUAUCCAAGUUUCCAACACAGAUCAGCCUAGCUCAAUUACGACUCCAGCAUAUGCAGCAACAGGUAAUGGCUCAGAGGCAACAGGUGCAACGGAGGCCAGCACCUGUGGGUUUACCAAACCCUAGAAUGCAGGGGCCCAUCCAGCAACCUUCCAUCUCUCAUCAGCAACCCCCACCUCCACGUUUGAUAAACUUUCAGAAUCACAGCCCUAAACCUAAUGGACCAGUUCUUCCCCCUCAUCCUCAACAGCUGAGGUACCCACCAACCCAGAAUAUUCCACGACCAGCAGUAAAGCCCAACCCUCUGCAGAUGGCUUUCUUGGCUCAACAAGCCAUAAAACAGUGGCAGAUCAGCAGUGGGCAGGCCACUCCAUCAACUGCCAGCAGCACAUCCUCCACUCCCUCCAGCCCUACCAUCACUAGUGCAGCAGGAUAUGAUGGAAAGACUUUUGGUUCACCCAUGAUCGAUUUGAGCUCACCAGUGGGAGGUUCUUAUAAUCUUCCUUCUCUUCCAGAUAUUGAUUGUUCAAGUACUAUUAUGCUGGACAAUAUUGUGAGGAAAGACACUAGCAUAGAUCAUGGCCAACCAAGACCACCCUCAAACAGAACCGUGCAGUCACCAAAUUCAUCAGUGCCAUCUCCAGGCCUUGCAGGACCUGUUACUAUGACUAGUGUCCACCCCCCAAUACGUUCACCUAGUGCCUCCAGCGUUGGGAGCCGAGGAAGCUCUGGCUCCUCCAGCAAACCAGCAGGAGCUGAUUCUACACACAAAGUCCCAGUGGUCAUGUUGGAGCCAAUCCGAAUAAAACAAGAAAACAGUGGACCACCUGAAAAUUAUGAUUUUCCUGUUGUUAUAGUGAAACAAGAAUCAGAUGAAGAAUCUAGGCCUCAAAAUACCAACUAUCCAAGAAGCAUACUUACUUCCCUGCUCUUAAAUAGCAGUCAGAACUCUGCUUCUGAGGAAACUGUGCUAAGAUCCGAUGCCCCUGACAGCACAGGAGAUCAGCCUGGACUCCACCAGGAAAAUUCCUCAAAUGGGAAGUCCGAGUGGUCAGAUGCCUCCCAGAAGUCACCUCUUCAUGUUGGAGAGACGAGGAAGGAGGAUGACCCCAAUGAGGACUGGUGUGCAGUUUGUCAAAACGGAGGGGAACUCCUGUGUUGUGAGAAGUGUCCUAAAGUGUUCCAUCUUUCUUGUCAUGUGCCCACAUUGACACACUUUCCAAGUGGAGAGUGGAUUUGUACUUUCUGCCGAGACUUAUCUAAGCCAGAAGUUGAAUAUGAUUGUGAUGCUCCCAGUCACAACUCAGAAAAAAGGAAAACUGAAGGCCUUGUUAAAUUAACACCAAUAGAUAAAAGGAAGUGUGAACGCCUCCUUUUAUUUCUUUACUGUCAUGAGAUGAGUCUGGCUUUUCAAGACCCUGUUCCUCUAACUGUGCCUGAUUAUUACAAAAUAAUUAAAAAUCCAAUGGACUUGUCAACUAUCAAGAAAAGACUUCAAGAAGAUUAUUUCAUGUACACAAAACCUGAAGAUUUUGUAGCUGAUUUUAGACUGAUCUUUCAGAACUGCGCGGAAUUCAAUGAGCCUGACUCAGAAGUAGCCAAUGCCGGUAUAAAACUUGAAAGCUAUUUUGAAGAACUUCUAAAGAACCUUUAUCCAGAAAAAAGGUUUCCUAAACUAGAAUUCAGGAAUGAAUCAGAAGAUAAUAAAUUUAGUGAUGAUUCAGAUGAUGACUUUGUACAGCCCCGGAAGAAGCGUCUCAAAAGCAUCGAGGAACGCCAGUUGCUUAAAUAAACAGCACCAUUGGCAUAUGCUUGUUUUUAGAUUUUUUUUUUUGUUUGUUUUCAAAAAAAACAUUUUGUCAGUAAUUUAACAUCGAUACAAAGAAGAGUUUGUGAGCUCUCUGAUCUGUUUUUGACAUUUACUAGACUUUGAUUUCUUUAAUAACCCAUUUCUUUUAACCUCAUUAAAAAGAAGGAAAUGAAUGGGAAAAAAAAUGAAAGAAAGGAGGGGAGGUAGAAAGGAUGGUAGAAGAAAAGGAAGAAAGUAAGAAGCAUCAACAAUAAAAUAAAGAGACAUUCCUCCCACUUCUUGAAUUUCAGAACCACAAUUUGGAGCAAUAGCUACUAUAGAAGGGAAAUAGACUUUGUAUGAACUCUGAGUUAAAAUUUUAAUGUGGAUUGGAUGUGUGCGUUAAUCUGUUUAUAGAAGUUAAUGCCACUACCCAUUAAUUAUGGCCCAACCUAAGAGCUAGGUUUAUUGUACUUAAAAGCAGUGCUCCCCAAACAUGAGUGGUAAGGAUCUUUCCCAGGAUGCCAACUGGUGCAAUGAAAGGGUAGAUUAGCUGCUAUUACAAAGGCACCUAAUGGUAUAUCUUGUAAGAUGGCAACUGUAUUAAAGAAAAAUCAGGAAAACAAACGUUUGGUUUUUGUUUUCGUUUUUAUCUUGUUUAUAGAGGUGUUUGGUGUAGCAGGUAUUCAAGGCCAUUUACAUUUCUAGAUCUAGAUUUUCUUUAGCUUUCUCCCCUAAAGGAAGUAAGUGUGCACAUGUUUGGUCUUGCUGUGUGUCUAUGUGUGGUUGGUUGGUUUUUUUAAUUGUGCAGAUGUCCGUUUAUAACAAUCCUCAUUGUUUUCAAUAUGGCUUUUAGUGGAACUAUUCAAAAUAUAAAAUACAGCUGGGCACAUCAUAUUCGAUUUGAGGUUUCUUCAACAUAUGUCCUCUCGGGCACUAAAAAAGUUCCCCUGAAAGGGACUAGUUGUUAUGGUUUUCUUCAGUCUUUAAAAUGAAAACGUGUUGUGAGAUUUGAGAGCAGGUAUGUGGGGGAAAUUAGAGUGAAAAUAUUUUUUUCUGGUGCAUCUAUUUACUGGUUUUUUUUGUUUGUUUGUUUGUUUUGUUUUUUAAGAAUAAGAAUCAGAACCCCAAAUUUCAUCCUUGAUCUGACUUAACCAGAAUUUCUUUUUCAUUCUGAUCGAGAUACGAAAGAUCUGUAUUCUAAGAACAGGCAUGUUGUUAACAGGUCAACCCAGCUAGUUUAAUAUCCAUUUAUUCAUUAUGUGUUCAGUGUUUUUUUAGGACCAGAUGAACUGUCAAGGAAAUUAGGUUAAGAAGAAAAUUGCUUUGCCAUAUACUAAUCCAACAUUUGACUAAAUACUUACAGGUGGAUAUUUUUAGUUUACCAGAGUAAACCUUUAUUAAUAAGACACUACAAUUAACAUCUGGAGGAACUGUUUCUUUUUAGGAAGACAGAAUAAAAGUACAGUUAACUCGAAUUCUGUGGUUGUAUUACCUCCCAUGAAUUAAAAUAGAGGAUUUGGUUUUAUCCACAUGACCUUAUUUCUUGAAAUGGAAAAUUUGAAAAUAUUCUGUGGGUAAUUCAUUGGAUUUUCAGGUAUUUCUGAAGAUAAAAUAUAAGGAGAAAAUACCUAUUAGCAAUAGUUUCCCAUUUUCUAUAUAGACUUAGGUCUUAUCCAUAAUAUAUUAAUAAUGUAUUGUUAAAAAGUUUUAAUCAUUUUUCCAAAAACGUGAUAUAUGGUGGUGUUUGUUAUUGUGUUGUUUUGAAUAUGCAUUUGACAUUUGUUCACCUAUUAGUAUGUGAACAAAUUUUGAUAAUACAUAGACCUUUUUGUCUGUUUUUACUCCAGUAUUUUUAGCCCAGCAGCUAUAAGAGCUUUUGCUAACACAUUUAUUAUUGGUAUCUUAGAAUACUGCUCUUCUGGUAGUUUGUUCUCCCACACUUGUCUUAUUUGUCUUCUUAGUUUAAACAGAGCAAUACAGGUAGAAUUAUCACUAAGGGAGGUAGGGCUUAAGAGAGAAAAAAAUAUAAUUUCCUAAAUUUAUCUGAGCCAGAAUUUCUACUAAUGUAUCCCAAACUGUCAUUAUAUUCAGUGCCAUAUUAACCUUUUAAAACAGUAUUUCUUUUUCACUGUUACCAUCUUUUGCUGAAUGAAAAGCAGUUGAGAACCAUCUUUCCUGUAAUCAUAUAAUAAUAUAAAUUAUAUUAAAAGCAAAUGUCUUGGUUUCUCUCUCCUAUUAACCCUUUCGUAGUGGUCUCUUAAGUCCUGUGACCUUAUUUAACAAGUGCCUAUGUGCUCAGGUGGAUCCCAACUAAAUAGUUCUUAAAUUCUAUUCUAAUGAAAGCUAGAAAAUAGAGGCCUCACGCUAUCCCAUACUCAUUUUGAAAGCACCCUCCCCCCCAAAAAAAUAUUCAGUGUUAAACUUUUACACUCCAGUAUGUACCUAUGACCAAAAUCUCCGGGACACUUUCCUCAGGAUUUUAAACUAAGAGCCCAGUAACCUAGCUGCAGAACCCCAUUGCUGAAUGUGAUCGCAACUUUAGCCACAGCCAUAAAUGAACAGACCUUAUCGGAAUUGGGACUUCAAGAGUUUCAACUCAGUUGCUUUCCAGGUGCUAAGGAUCUCAUCUUUCUGGCAGUAGGAAACCCAAGGACACAGUUGAGACUCAUAUAGCUAUGACAGACAUAUAAAGGACUAAGAUAAACCAUGUUAAAGGCAAAAUAUAUCUUUACAUCAGAUUCUGGCAGUGCGAGCCUUUUGUCCUUUUAAUUAACAAGCUCUGCUUUUCUGAACGGGCACAGGAAAGUGGAACAUGUUGGAAGAAAAGGAACUGCCCUCUUCCCAUGGUAAUUGUACUUUAUUUUCCAACCUAAAGAACAGACUUUGUUUUACUACCACACAAUAGCAUAUAGCUUAGGAAAGUUUUCAACAAGGUUAACUCCACAGUCCAAUUGCUCCAUUUGUGAAUUUACAUUUCAAAGUCCUCUGCUGUUCCAGUGCUUCUAAAUUUGACCUUUCUCAGAAUCUGAAAGGAGGAACUCUUCCUCCUAUUGAGACCUGAUCCAAAUUAAUGUGAAGCCCAAAAGUAAGUUACUGUAUGUGAAUGAAAGGUUUUUAGGUUUAACUGAAGAUGUACUCAAUUUCUAUUUAUCCAUAUGAAUGAGUGAAAUCAAAUGAUCUGAUUAGCCAUUAAAAUUAUGAACAUGACCUUGAGUUCAUCCAUCUGAUUUAUCAAGCUCCUUCUUUCAAAUAACCACAUACAUAUUUUACUACAUAAAUUAAUAGUUGAUGGCUUUACAAACGUGUAUUGCACCUUCAUCUUGGAUGGACAUUACUGAGUCAUAAUCCACAUGCAGGUAAUUCAUGUUCCUGAGA